AAGAAAAAAAUCCUUUAUAAGCUGGACAUCACACCUCAGUUAAUGAAAGACCAGAAGAGACACACAGCCAACGGACUUUUCUCUCUUCUCUGCCUCUCAUGCACGUCCAGCUCUCUCUGGCACACGAGGUGCUGCUACCUUUGCUGUUGCUGCCUUUACUGUCAUCAGUAGCAGAGUUCAUCAUCUUCUAAACUGUGGCUCCAGCAUUCUACUGCAAUGGGGUACACGCAGAAGAUGAAGUGCGGGUUAAUAUGUGCGAUCUGUUUUACCGUUGCAUCUUGUGUCCUCUACUUAUCAUCUCGGUCUUUUAGUGCAUCGAUGCCAGUUUCAUACAACGUCGUGGUUGACAGCCUUGAUCUUCGGGCCAGAGAUGAUGUGCAAACAAGCACAACAUGGAAAGCUCCCAUCAUCUGGGAGGGGAUGUUCAAUCCUGAGAUGUAUGACCAGAGCCACAAGGCAGCAGGGUCCUCUGUGGCUUUAACAGUGUUUGCAGUUGGCAGGUACCUGGAUGCUUACCUUAAGAACUUCCUGAACUCCUCUCAGGAUCAUUUUAUGGUGGGUUUACCUGUCACAUAUUACGUGUUCACGGACCAACCAGAAAAGAUGCCUGAUAUUAAGCUCGCUCCUCAGCGAACCAUGAAGGUCAUCAAAGUGGAGAGACACACCAGGUGGCAGGACAUCUCUAUGAUGCGAAUGAAGACCAUAGUAGAUAUCAUUGAGUCGGAUAUUCGCCACCAUUUCUCUCAUGUCUUCUGCUUUGAUGUGGAUCAGGUGUUCGCUGGGAGAUUUGGCUCAGAGGCUCUGGGAGACUCUGUGGCUCUCCUCCACGCCCACUUUUACCGCCUUCCAAAGAAGAUGUUUACGUACGACCGCAACCCCAAGUCCAAGGCGUACAUGGAAACUGGGGAUUAUUACUAUCAUGCUGCUGUCUUUGGAGGCUCGUGGAAGAGUGUGAAGGCGUUGGCCGAGGCCUGCUAUCAAGGCAUCAUGGAGGAUAAACAAAACAAUGUGGAGGCUCUGUGGCACGAUGAGAGUCAUCUCAACAAAUACCUGUGGCUUCACAAACCCAGUAAGGUGCUCUCUCCAGAGUACUGCUGGGACCCCAGUAUCGGCUAUAAAAGGGAUAUACGAGUCACCAGGCUACUGUGGGAACCAAAACAGUACAAGAAGCUACGCAGUCCCUAAUGUGCUGUUGGAUGAAAUAACAAAAUCAUUUUUUACAUCCCAAUUAAUUAAUGGGACUACAGUUGGCUUCAUCCAAUGUGAAACAGGAUACUUUUCCUGCACCUUCCUGGCAAAAGACAGUUAGGUAGCAGUUAUAGAUGUUUUUUCUACUUCUUUUGUUGCGUGUUCUAGGUUAAUGGUAUUUUCUUUUAUUUUCUUCUCUUUCUAUAGCUUCUGUUUUUGCUAUUUUAUUUG